AUUUGACACUUGACAGUCAUGAAUUUGAUUGAGGUUAUGUUUUGGUAAACAACAAAAUAAUUAUUAUAUAAUUUCAUUUUAAAAAAAUUGUAGCUAUCUUUAGAAUUUAUCACUCCGUAGUAAUCUUUACACACAAUGUUAUUUAGAUGGUUACAUAAAUACAUUCGACGGAAUACUAAACCCAUACCGGGCGAUGUUGCAGUUUUAUGGAAACGAAGACUGAGCAUAGCGUAUGCAGUUUUGGCUUGGAACGCUUUUGGCCUUUUUGUUUAUUCUUUAUACCAAGGAAAAGCUGAUUGGGCACAUUAUUAUGGAUUAAAAUCUGAUGAAGAACACUCUAUGCCACCAGCACGAGCUUGGGCUAACACAUUAGGAAUUAAAAAUGCUAAAGUUGUAAGGAUAUCUGGCUUUACUAAGGUAGAUGAAUAUGACAUCGUUGAUGGUGAGGAAGUAAGAAAAAAGGAAAAUGAAACUGGAAAAGAAGAGCUUAGUCAAUAGUUUAUUGUUUUGUAAAAUUAUUUAUGUAUAAGUAGUAUUAAGAAACAAGUUUAUUAUACAAUC